AUGGGAGCAGACAAAGGGAAAAAGCAGAAAGUAGGAGAGGUGGAGGAAGAGAGAAACGGGACCGAGCACAUUGAUGGAGACCUUCUUAUCUCUAUCGAAAAGCUUCAGGAAAUUCAAGAUGAGCUUGAAAAGAUCAAUGAAGAAGCAAGUGAGAAAGUAUUGGAAGUCGAACAGAAGUACAAUGAGAUUCGCAAGCCUGUGUAUGAUAAGAGAAAUAGCGUCAUCAAAUCCAUUCCUGAUUUCUGGUUGACUGCUUUUUUGAGUCAUCCUGCCCUCAGUGAGCUUUUGACAGAAGAAGACCAGAAGAUCUUCAAGUAUUUAAGUAACCUUGAAGUGGAGGAUUGCAAAGAUGUGAAAUCUGGUUACUCCAUUACCUUUCACUUCAAACCCAAUCCCUACUUUGAAGAUACUAAGCUCACAAAGACCUUUGCCUUCCUCGAGGAGGGGACAACAAAAAUCACAGCUACAUCAAUAAAGUGGAAAGACGGAAUGGGUAUUCCUAAUGGUACUGCUGAAGAGAAGAAAGGAAAUAAGCGGUCUCAUGUUGAAGAGAGCUUCUUUUCCUGGUUUAAUGAUUCCCAGCAUAGUGGGGACAUUGAAGAAAUUCAAGAUGAGCAGGUUGCUGAAAUCAUCAAGGAUGAUUUAUGGCCAAAUCCACUCUCGUAUUUUAACAAUGAUGCUGAUGAGGAGGAGUUUGAAAUGGAAGAUGAUGAGGAUAAAGACAGUGAUGCUUCUGAAGACGACGAGGACGAGGAGCAAGAAGAUGAAGAUGAUGAAGCUGAUGAUUAA